UGGCCUUUUGGUUGAUUCAGCAGAUCACCGAAAAGUUGAACUAUGCCAUGGAAGCUGGACACUCACAUGCCGUGUACAGGAAUGUGGAACGCAGAUUAGUCAUGGUGGGUAUUUGCCGUCUUUGUGACGAGCGACCUGAGCUUAGAAUGGAAGUCUGGAGCAUGAUGCAAUCUCUGAGCGCUUGUCAGAUUCCGAAGGUGAAGAUGAUGAAUAGACGAAAAUUCAGUGCAACACCCCGAAAGUGUCAAAUUUGCAUCACCACAGAGUGCUUUGCAAAGGCUAGGGAAACCAAUGCAUUGAGGCUGACAUGCGCCCUAGCCAUAUUUUGCGCGGUGGAGGAUAACACCGUCACUCUUUGGCUUGACAUUGCCAUUUGUGCAUUGCUUUCUCGCAAGUUGACAGUGGCAUAUUGGCAGCAGAUCGUCAUGCUCCAAUUUUAGUAUCAAC